CACUUCCAUAAAUUAAACUUAAUUUGUUAUUGUAUGUAUAAUGUAUUUAAGAGUGUUAUUUACAUACUCGUUUGAUAAGGCAGCAUUCUAUAAAGCUACAUAAAAUUAGAAAACGUUUAGACUUAUAAGAAGAAAAAAAUCGUAUUUAAAGUAUCAUGUUUUCUGCUUUGAAAAAAUUAACAAGAAGUAACGAUGAUCGCUGUGCAGCUCCUUUGCCGAUGUCUUCUUCUUUACAAAAGAAAUUCUCCAGAGGAGUCCAUUUUAAUAUGAAAAUAUUAAUAAAAGGAGACCGGAACGUCGGAAAAUCGUGUCUUCUACAAAGAUUACAAGGUGGACCAUUUACUGAGGAGUAUGUCCCGACAGAACAAAUUCAAGUGGCACCAAUUCAUUGGACAUAUAAAAAUACUGACUACAUUGUAAAAGUAGAAGUAUGGGAAGUAGUAGAUAAGGGUCGAGCAAAAAAGAAGCCACCUUUAGGAUUAAAGUUAGAGAACCAGGCAGCACCUGCAACACAAGAUGAAGAGUAUGAGACUCCUGUGCUUGAUGCCACAUUCCUGGAUGUUUAUAAAAAUGCCACUGGUGUUAUACUAAUGUUGGAUAUAACUAAACCCUGGACAUUUGAGUAUGUUGUGAAAGAAUUGUCCCGGGUGCCAGCGGACCUGCCCGUUGUGGUUCUGGGCAACCACUGUGAUAUGCAGCAUCACAGACAAGUACAUCCACACCAUAUAGACCAAGCUUUACAUCAUGCUAAACUUACAAGAACAGCACCAGUGCGUUAUGCAGAAUCUUCUAUGAGGAAUGGUUUCGGUUUACGAUUGUUGCACAAGUUUUUAAGUGUACCAUUCUUAAGACUACAGAAAACUAGUCUGUUAGAACAGUUGCAGAGAAAUCAAAGGGAUAUGGAGGAUGUUGAGAAGGAAUUGGAUGAAUUUCAAAAUUCUGAUGAAGCGCAUUAUAACACAUUUUUGGACCGCCUCGCUAAUAAGCGGAGACAAAGCAGCGAAAAGGAAGAGCCACGGGUGAUAACUGACAGAUCACCAAGCAUUGUUAUAGGAGCGGGGAAACCAAUAAUACCACCUAAUGUCAACCCACUUUUAGCGCAGUCAUUGAAUCCAAAAGGGAUAAAAGCAUGCCAUAGCAUACCAGAUAAUACACAAAGUGCUCAAUCUCAGUAUGUGAGUCCGGAUUUAUUGAAACGCAAACAACCUGUUAGUAUGGAAAUGACACCUUCCCGGCAAUCACAACAGGACAGUGCUCCGGGAACACCAUCAGGUACAAAUGCGUCUGCAUCCUCAGGAGCUUUAGAUGAGUUCUAUGCAGGAACACUUGAUAGCAGUUUCUUGGAGGACUUGACUCCAUUGUCGAACUCUAAUCAUGAGGUGGCAUAUGACACUGAAAGUGAGGAUGAGGCAGUGAUUAAUCCAAAAGUGACAGUAGAGGAAGAUGAUUUAGACAUAGACAAUAUUCCAUCUACCAAUCAAGUUAAAGAAUCCACAUUGACCAUAGAUUAUACUAUGAGAAUGGAUGAAGAGGAUGAAAGUAUAGAUAAAAUAUUCAUGAAACGAGCUGUAAUAAGCACAGAUGAUAUAGAAGAUAAUACAAUGACAUUGAGUGCGCCAGAUCUCCAUCCGGAAGUGCAUUUGUCAUUGAAUAAUGAUUUUCCUAUAUGGGCUGGAGAUUCUAGUGUUAGAAGAUCACCAGAAGGUGGAGAAGACCCAGAUAUUUCGAAAGAACCAAACUCCAAGGUAGAAAAGAAACACAAAAAGAAGAAAUCCAAAGAUAAAGAUAAAACUGAUGGUAAUGAGAAAUUGGAACGUAAAGAGAAAAAACACAAACACAAGAAAAGCAAGAGUGAGAAACGGAAUUCGAAUCCACAACAAGAUUUAUUGGCUCCCACUGUCACUGCUGACUUUGAUUAUGGAGACUAUGAUAGUAUUUAAUACUAGUAAUCCGCCCUGGCAUCGGGUGGGUAUACACAAUAUAUUAACCUUGUUUACCAAUUGGUGAAAAAAUUACUACAGAACCAUUUGGGGUUAAAAAAAUUUCCUCUUUAAAUUAGCAUAGACAAGCUAGUGUUAGUAGUAAUAUUCUAUUUAGCUUUAUUUUGUAUGCAAUGCUUCAUAUUUAAUGAUAUAAGUACACAUUAAUUACUUAAUAUGUUACUUAACAUUAAUUUAAUGCUUUUAUGAAUUAAGAAAGAAUUUGUGAAUGUGAGAUCACACUAUUUAUGAGAUCUGAUUUUUUUUAAAAGACUUAAAAACAUGUUUUGGAGCCAGUAUAUUUUACAUUA